CUUUUUAUCGUGCCCAAAAUUCCCUCGCUCUCAUCCGACCACCAUCAAAAGUCCAACCUCCUGGCGGACCGGGCGCUCCCUCGGCAGCUGCGGAAUCUCUCUUCGUCCUCAUGGCUCUCGCCUUGUGCUCUUCUCUCCCCUUCUCUACCUCCACCUCUUCGCCGCCCUCCCUUUCCCCCCGUCUCCGAACCUCGCCGACGGGAUCCUCCCUAAUUACGAUCCCUUCUCCCCAACGGAUGCGAGCCCGUUCCCUCCGCGCCCGCCCGUCUCUCCGGCCGAAGGCCACGGUCGCCGUCGACUCCCCCGCCGCCGGCCCCGACGCUCCCCGUAGCGGUCCGCCUAGGGUUUUGCUGGAGGUGAAAGAUCUCAGGGCCGUGAUCGCGGAGUCGGGGCAGGAGAUCCUUCGUGGUGUCAAUCUUACCAUCUACGAGGGCGAGGUUCACGCGAUUAUGGGGAAGAAUGGGUCCGGGAAGAGCACAUUCGCAAAGGUUCUCGUUGGUCAUCCGGAUUAUGAGACCCCUGUUGAGAUACCAGGCGUAAGCAACUUUGACUUUCUGAACAUGGCAUAUAAUGCUCGAAGAAAAAGGCAAGGGCUACCUGGACUACCUCCUCUAGAGUUCUAUAGUUAUGUGUCUCCCAAGGCUGCUGCUGUUAAUAUGGAUCUAAGGUUUCUGGACAGAAAUGUGAAUGAAGGGUUUAGCGGUGGUGAAAAGAAACGCAAUGAAAUUUUGCAACUUGCGGUUCUUGAGGCAGAUUUAGCAAUUUUAGACGAGAUUGAUUCGGGGUUAGAUGUUGAUGCACUUCAAGAUGUAGCAAAAGCAGUUAAUGGGCUUUUAACACCCUAUAAUUCAGUUUUGAUGAUCACACAUUAUCUACGCCUUUUGGAUUGUAUCAAUCCCAGCCAUGUCCAUAUCAUGGAGGAAGGCUCAAUUGUAAAGACUGGUGAUGUUUCACUGGCAAAACAGCUUGAGAAGGAGGGCUACAAAGCAUUUUCUGUUUUGUGAUUGUGAAGUUAGUAUCCAAAUUGACCUAGCUUAUUCGUUUUCUGCCUUUUCCUGAUUAAGAAUUGUAAUUUUUUGUUGGACUACAUGCAUAAAGUGAUCAUCUCAUUUGGGUACAUGAUUUCAAAAAACAGAUAACGUGACCAUACAUAUUGUUGCCAGAUAUCACAAACCAUAUGUAUAAUGUAUUUGAUGCAUCAGUGGAAAGAAAUGUUAUCUGAUGUAGUGUUUAAUAAUUUAUCAUUACUCUCCAUCCUUUUGAAAAA